AUGGGUUUAAUGGAUGUGUUCUCUCACGAGAUUUUGUUGAGGAGAAACAAGCUUAUUUUUGAAUCAUUCUUCACCCACCCUCAGGUGGUUUUUAAUGAAGCAGUAGCAUCUAUAGAAGAGUACCACAGGUAUAACAGAUGUGAGGAUGAACAGGUCAAUAUAAAUGGGGUGCCGAGUUCUACCAGGCCUUCUAUGAGUUGGAAACCUCCACCUUUGGGUUUUAUUAAAGUAAAUUGGGAUGCCUUAGUAAAUGCUAAAAAGAAAUAUAUUGAAAUUGGUAUUGUGGCUAGAGACAACAAUGGCAAUUUUUUGGGUGCAAGGGCUGUUACAAAAUCCGUUGUGGUGACACCCAAAGUUGUAGAAGCUAUGGCGGCUUUAGAGGCUGUUCUGUUUAGUAAGGCAGCAAGUUUUUUUGAGGUAAUUUUAGAAGGGGAUGCAAAACAAGUGGUUGAUGAUGUAAAUUAUGUAACCCUAAAUCUAAAUACUGCGGGCCAUUUUGUUGAAGGGAUAAAAGCAGAGCUACAAGGUUUAAGAUAUGCUUCCAUGGUCCAUGUGGGUAGAGAGGCUAAUAAUGAUGCUCAUUGUUUAGCUUAG